CUCCGCAGGUUCCACUAGUUUGAAGGUAGUCCGGAGGCUGAGAAAAAAACAAGUUUAGAAAUAACCUCCUCACAUUUCCACAUCUUUAAACUUUUUUUUUUUCCUUCAUUUUUAUAGAGCAAGAAGGUGUGUUACCUGCGCGGCGGACUGACCGUUUAAUCUCAAACUAAUUUUCUUUUUGUUUUGAUCUGAACUGAGGGAUUUAUAACAGAUCAGAGGAGUUGAUGGAUCGAUAUGAUACACUGGAGCUGGAGGUUGAAGAUGGAGGAAACGUCGCACAAAAAGCAUCACUUUUUGGAGGGAUGUUCAAGAAACCAUCAAAAACUACAGAACCAUCUGCUAAAGCACAGGACAGUUUGUCAGCAAACGGUGAGCUCUCCACCAGCAGUGACUCGCUCACAGAGAACAGCAGCAGUAAGGAAAAGGGAGGAAUGUUGAAAGGAAUGUUUAAGAGAACGACGAAACCUGCUAAAGAUGAUGAGCCUCAGGAGGCAGCAAUUUCCUCACAACACCCUGAACUAUCUGGCAGUAGUGACAGCUUAACAGACAAUAAGUCAACUAAGGGUAAAUCAGGAAUGUUUGGCAUAUUGAAGCGAUCACCCAGACCAGGACAUGCCCGCAGGCCUUCUCAGGAUCUCCUGGACUUUAAAACUACUAAUGAAAACCUCUCUGAGUGCAAUAACAAGAAAGAGUCACCAGGAAAGGUGAAAAACUCUCUAAAAGCCAAUGGAAUGAGAGCAGCUUCAAAGGAAGAUUUGACUGCACAAAGCGAACUCUCCAAAAGUAACGACAGUCUUUCCAAGACCAAAGAAUCUGGCGGUUUUAGCUCCUUCUUUAAAAACCCAUUUGGAGCUCGAGCGCCAUCUCAGGAGGAUUUAACUGGAGUCGGUGAGCUGUCGGGCAGCAGUGAAAAUCUCUCUGAGAACAACACCAAGGAUAAAGGAUUCUUCGGUAUGUUCAAGAAAAAAGUUGCAAGGUCUCAGUCUCAGGAUGAUUUAUCAGUAGAUGAGGAGCUCUCAGCCAACAAUGAUGAUCUCACUGAAAAGUCUUCAAAGAGUGGGCCGACAGCGAAGAACCUGAAGAACCCUUCAGCCUCGUCAGCUCAGGAAAAACCAAAGAGGGAAAACGGGGGAGACCCAAGUGAAAUGAACUCUGCCUCACCAAAAGCUAAACCCAAAAGAACUGGUUUCAGUGCCGUGAUGAAGAGCACCUUCUACAGCGACAAACAGGAGAAGAACUCCACGCCUGAUGAUGAGGAAACAUCAGAAGGAGAUGGAGACAAUCCGCCUAUUCACAAACAGAGUAAGCUGGCUGGAGCGAUGACGAAGCUGAAUCCAUUUAGACAAAAACAAGAGAAGCCGACAGAAUCGGAUGACGAAGAUCAAACUGUGAGCAGCGAGAAGUCAUCAACUCACAAACAGAGCACCAUAGUUGAAGCCAUGUCCAAACUGAAUCCGUUCCACUCUGGAGCUAAAAAGGACAUUGAAAACCCAGAGACCUUUGAGGAGAAAAGGAAACGAUCAGAAAAGAAGCCAGAACUGGUCAAGAGUAAUUUGAUCCAUCAGGAGGGGAAGGAAAAAGGGGAAACGCCUCGAAUCCCCCGCAGACCCAGAGCAGAGGAGAUGAAGGCAACGUCCCUACAUGAAAUAGAAAAACAAAGAAGAGCAGAGGAGAAGAAGGAGCUUUCAAGAGAGAAGAGAGGAAAAGCUUCAGGAGCUCCCGUGGUUCCGCCCAGACCGACGGACGAGGAGAUGAACAGAGCUGUUAGGAAGAAAGUCAACCAAGAGCAGAGCCAACCAGGAGACGAAGGCAAUGACAAAGAAUCAGAUGUGACAAAAGACACAGAAAAGCUACAAAGCAAAUCAGCUAAAGGAAAAAAACACAAGCACCAUCUGUUCAUACCACAGAUUGGAUUCAAGGCUGGAUCUGAUGAGGAAGAGUCUUUAUCCAAAGAGGAAAAUGAGGAUGAGGAUGAAGACAAACCAGAGAAGGCCAAAGUCAAGAAGCCCAAGAAGCAUAAUCCUUUCAUGCCUCGAGUCAAAGCUGCAUCUGAUGAUGAAGGGUUAAAAGAUGAAGAAGAAAUUAGAGACGAAGAGGAGAAGGAGAAACCAGAGAAGCCCAAAGUCAAGAAACCCAGACAACACAAUCCCUUUAUGUCUCGGCUCAAGGCUGCAUCUGAUGAUGAGGGGCUAAAAGAUGAAGAAGAGUCGUCAUCCAAAGGGGAAACUAAAGAUGAGAACAAAGACAAACCAGAGAAGCCUAAAGCCAAGAAGCCAAAGCAGCAUAAUCCUUUCAUGCCUCGGCCCAAGGCUGCGUCUGAUGAUGAAGGGCUGAAAGACGAAGAAGACUCAUCAUCCAAAGAGGAAACGAAGGAUGAUGAGGACAAGGAAGUUACGGAGAAGCCUAAAGUCAGGAAACCCAAGAAACACAAUCCUUUCAUGCCCCGGUUAAAGGUAAGGCUAAACAAAAUGGACCUUACACAAUGGUCCCAUAUUUACAUGUCUAAAACAUUUGUUGCUUACAAAAAUCUGUAUUUUAUUAUUUUCUAUUAUUCUGUAGUAGAUGGAGACCAAUAUCAGCCCAUUUUUGUUGGAUAUUUGCGUUUAUUUUCUUGUAUCUGUACUGACCAGAGAUGGGGGAUCUGGAGCCGUCAAGUCACUGAACCAGAUCCCCCAACUCUGUGA